AUGCCCUGGGUUGGAUCUCGCUUUAAGUCUGCACUGGAAAAGGUGAAGAAAACCGCAGAGGACACAGCGAUGCUUCGGGACCUGGUGCGGCCUCGCUCCGGCUCCCGCGUUCCUCGCUCCUCUGGUGGUUGGGGGGUCAGCUGUAACGGCAGCUCCCUGCGGCAGGAGUUCAGGCGCUUCACACCUCCUGGAUUCUCCUGCUCUGCUCCGCCUGCAGCCUCCUCUUCCCGGCAGCAGGAGAUCCAGACCGCUGUGCGCCUCCUGCUGCCCGGUGAGCUGGCCAAGCACGCAGUGUCUGAGGGAACCAAGGCUGUCACCAAGUACACCAGCUCCAAGUAA